AUGGCAAUACUUGUUUAUGUUGAUGAUGUGUUGCUAGCAAGUGAUGAUUUGGAACAGAUUCAGCUGUUAAAGAAAUUCUUACAUGAUCAGUUUACAAUUAAAGAUUUGGGACCAUUGAAAUACUUUCUUGGUCUAGAAAUAGCAAGGUCUAAAGCUGGAAUUUCACUCUGCCAACGAAAAUAUAUCUUGGACAUAUUACAAGACACGGGUAACAUUGGAUCAAAACCUGCUGCGUUUCCAAUGGAAUCAAAUCUAAAGCUAACUGCUAAUGAUCCAGAGCUUUAUGAAGAUCCAUCGGAGUAUAGGAGACUGGUUGGUAGAUUGUUGUACUUGACAAUUACCAGACCAGAUCUUGCCUAUUCAGUCCAAGUGUUAAGCCAAUUUCUAGCAAAACCUGCUGUCAGCCAUCACCAAGCAGCAAUGAGGGUACUAAGGUAUCUGAAAGCUACACCAGGGCAGGGUUUGUUUUUCUCAUCAUCAGCAGAACUUCAACUGAAAGCUUUCUCAGAUGGUGAUUGGGCAGGCUGCAUCGAUACCAGGAGAAGCAUAACAGGUUUUGCAAUAUUUUUGGGUAACUCCCUAAUCUCGUGGAAGUCUAAAAAACAAGCUACAAUUAGUCGAUCCUCUACUGAAGCAGAGUAUCGAGCUCUUGCAGCUACAACAUGUGAGGUGCAAUGGUUAGUCUAUGCAUUGCAGGACUUGCAGAUUGAUCAUCAACAGCCCACAGCUUUAUACACAGACAGCAAAUCAGCAAUGUCUAUUGCAACCAACCCAGUUCAACAUGAAAGAACUAAGCAUAUUCAAAUUGACUGUCACUUGGUUCGAGAGAAAUUGCAAGAAAAGCUUAUCAAGCUAUUUUACAUUCCCUCUCGAUUACAAUUGGCAGAUAUACUCACCAAGCCACUGGGUUCACUGCCUUUUCAUCAUACUCUCCGCAAGAUGAACAUUCUCAAUAUUCAUGUUCAUCUCGAGGGGGGGUGUUGGAGUAUAGCAUCGCAUAUAGAGAAUAUGGAAUUAAAGUCCAAAGAAGAAAAGAUCAAGGCUAAAAUAGACAAUACACAUUAG